AGUGACUCUCACUGACACCGGAAGUGCAACGUACUUUUACGUCUCAAAACAUUUUUGUUUUCUAACCAUGUCCACUUGAGAAAAUGGAUAUAAUGCUAACUUGCUUAAAUAAAUGAUAGUUUCAUACGAAGAAAACGACACCAAACGUAACAAAACAAAAAAUCUGUGAAGACAGAUCCGCAGAAAUAUUUCUGAAAAUAUUCUAGCUAUAAUUUUUUGGUGCAACUUAGUCUGCUGGCCGAACCAAUCUCACCAUCAUGCCGGCACUUCUUGAGAGACCCAAGUUAUCCAACGCCAUGGCACGGGCACUUCACAAGCAUAUCAUGAGAGAGAGGGAGCGGAAAAGACAAGAGGAGGAAGAAGUGGACAAAAUGAUGGAGCAGAAAAUGAAAGAAGAGGAAGAAAGGAAAAGGAAAAAAGAGAUGGAGGAGAGGAUGUCCCUGGAGGAGACGAAGGAACAGAUCAUGAAAAUGGGAGAGAAGCUCCAGGGGCUGCAGGAGGAGAAACACCAGCUCUUCCUCCAGCUGAAGAAAGUCCUCCAUGAGGAGGAGAAGAGACGGAGAAAAGAGCAGAGUGACAUGACAACUCUGACCUCUGCUACCUACCAGCCGAGCAUGGCCAUUCACUCAGGACAGCACCUGCUGAGCAUGCAAGGCAGUCCAGUGAGUCACGGUCGACCUGGCGCUCUGUUGGGGGAACGCAAUAAACAGCUGUUUCAGUCCCCUGUUGUUCCAGGACGCCACUUCCAGACCCAGCCUGGCUUCAAUGCUGGGAACUCUGAACAUGGGCAGUAUUCAGGCAGCCAGGCUGGACAUGGGCCCUACGGAGUCUCCCAGCCUCAGCACUCCCCCUAUGCCCCCAGCCAGCCUGUCCCAGUCAGCUACGCCAGCAGCUCCCAGCUUAGAGGUGCAUCAGCCUUCCAGGCGAUGCAGUACCUCCCACACCAGCAGCAGGGCUAUACUGUACACAGCCACUUUACCUCUCAGCCAGGUUUUAUCCCCAGUGCUGGCAUCCCCCUCCAGAAGCAGUUGGAGCAUGCCAACCAACAGUCUGGCUUUACUGACUCGAGCACUCUGAGGCCCAUGCACCCCCAAGCUGUGCACGCCAGUGCUGCAGGCCUCCUCCCCAGCUCCUCUAUCGCCGUGCACAUCCCCUCAGCCAAGUCCGGUUUGUCGUACAGCCACCCUCCCCGCCCAGCUUCUCCUGGGAGCUUCCCCCACGGCACACCCCCACAGCAGGCCCAUUCGGCAACCUUUCAGAGCUCUCCACAGCAGACUCCCCGCCACACCUACCUUUCUCACAGCCAGUCAGGUCAGAGAUUCUAUCACCACAGCAAGUGAACCUCUUCGCCCCUGGCCCAAGUGGAGUGGAGAGAAUAAAUCUCAUGGUCUGUUGCUUUUCUUCUGAACUCGAGAACUUUGUUUACCUAUCAGUCAGGUAAUACAGGCCCCAGGUUUCUGUGGGGGCCACUAGUAUUUGGCUUCAUUGCUAAGCAUCAUCUCACCAUUGUCUCUGAAGAGUGCAGAACUUCUCUGUGUAUGUCGCUUAUGUUUAAGAUGUUUAGGGUUAGUGUAAUCAGUAUUUCCUGAUUAAUCUCUGCUGAUGCAUACAUCAAGAUUUGCUUGACAUGAUUUAUAUUGUACAGUAUGUCUAUGUCAUUGUUUUAGUCCUUUGCUCACAAGGACACUGGACAUUUAAGUUUCUGAUUUCAGUCACAAGUAGCAGGUGAAAGAUGCAAAUCUAUAUAGGCCUGUAUAAAAUGAGAACUUUUUAUACAGUCAAUUUCUUAAUUUGUGGAUGUACAGGUAAUGUACAUUUGUGACAUGCAGCUGUGAUAUGCAGCUCUGUGAAUUUAAGAGUUGAUCUACCCAUAGACUACAUCAUUCUCUCCCCUGCUACACACACAAAGUAGUGAGUGCCAUCUUUAAUAUCAAACAUCAGUGACAAUUUGCAUUUUACAAAUUAUUCUGUAAUGAUUGUGCUAUAAACAGGAUAGACAGCAAAUUUACAUUUAUUUUUGGUCUGUGAUAAACUAAUGUAUCUACUAUUAAAUAAAUGAUUGUGAAAAAAACCUGUUUAGUUUUAUCUUUUGCUUGUUUUUAUAACCAAAUACAAUUGUUGGCAAAUAUGUCAAAUAAAGCAUAAGGCCUAACAUUGCACCUUGUUCCACACAGGAAAUCCAAGUAAAUUUCUAAUAAAAAUAGUUUCAAUGGCAGAUUAA